AUGAAAGUGAGCAUAUGCAUUUUGUUAGCGCACUUAUAUUUGGUUCUCUCCAGCGCUGAUUCAGCUGAGCUUGAAAAAUCCGCAAACGUUGGCGAGAACACUGCUUUCAUCGAUGAGUUUUCUAGCAUACUUAGAGUGAAGCUCUACAAAACGUUUCUUCCUCAUGCUUCCUAUGUACACCGCUCAGCUUCUCCUUCUUUAUUCAAUGGAGAGGCCUCCACCUCCGUGAUAUCAACGAGCUCUGCAAAACGUAAAAGUAGCAAAGCAGGUGUGCUUCAAGGAACCUCCACACCCUUAGUGGAUAAUGACGGAAUAAAUGAAAACUCAAAGAAAUCAAACAGUACAUUUGUGCCAUUUGACGAAUGGAAAAUGAAUAAUUUGGAUGAUAAACCUUUGAAGAAACAGACACGGGUACGAUCAUCGAGUCGUAUGGACCAAACGGAAGGUGAUACUAUUGGCGAUGAUUUGGAGAUAGACAUUGGUUUCCUCUCCAGUAGUGAUGUUGAGAAAGUCCACGAGGACCAAAAUGAAGAGCCCGAAGGAAAAGUUUACAAACACAAGUUUAACUUUGCGUCACUUGAUUGCGCAGCCACUAUAGUGAAGACAAAUUCGGAAGCUUCUGGGGCUUCUUCCAUAUUAAUUGAGAAUAAAGACAAGUAUCUUUUAAAUCCUUGCUCCGCAGCCAGCCAAUUCAUCACUGUUGAGCUCUGCCAAGAUAUUUUAGUGGAAGAAAUCGUGCUCGCUAAUUUUGAGUAUUUUUCUUCAACCUUUAAGAAGCUUAGAUUCUCUGUCUCUGACCAGUAUCCAGUUGGAAAGAAUGGCUGGCGCAUGAUAGGUGAGUUUGAAGCUGAAGACUCCAGGAAUCUGCAAAUUUUCUACAUUGAUAAUCCUCAGAUAUGGGCAAGAUAUUUGCAAGUCGAAGUUUUAUCUCACCAUGAUGAAGAAUACUACUGUCCUAUUUCAAUUCUGAGAGUGCAUGGGAAAACAAUGAUGGAUGACUUCAAAAUGGAAAACUCGAAAUCCAAUCCACCUGUAGUGGUGACAGUCGAAGAAGAACUAAAAAAGGAAAUUUUGGACGAAUGCAUGGAGACAGUUGUUGAGCAAUGUGAUUUAUGGCCUUCCAUCAAUCCUGCUAACAUAACUCUGGUACCACACUUUCCAGAUUAUUUCAAAACGUGUAGCUCAAAGUUGAAGACCCUAAAAUUUGAUGAGUUUCUUCGAGAACUCAAUGAAAGUUCCUGUCUUCCUAGCUAUUCUAAAGAUUCUGUUAAUAAUGAGGGCUCUUCUUCAUCUUCUGCGUCACAGACGAACUCAUUUUCUACCGAGGAAUCAAUUUUCAAAAAUAUCAUGAAGCGAUUAAGUUCAUUGGAAAGUAAUACAAGCUUAACCGUGCAAUACAUUGAGGAACAAGGAAGGUUACUUUCGAAUUCUUUUGAACAAUUAGAGAGAGCUCAAACCAUCAAGUUUGAAAAUAUGAUAGGGCUGUUCAAUCAAACUAUAAUGGACAAUCUGAAUGCGUUGAGAGUUUUCGCAAAGCAGCUGAAAGAUCAAUCGGUCCGCAUUUUAGAAGAACAAAAACUUAAUACGGAUCAAUUUACUACAAAGAAUAUGAACAGAUUGGAAAUUCUAGAAGAGCAGUUAAAAGUACAAAAGAUCUUUGCAUAUGCCCUUCUGAUUUCAGUUCUUCUCAUUUUUGCUUACUUGUUUGUAAAUAAAGAAGAUUCAUUUUCGAUGAAUCACUUAGAAAGAACAAUGCCCUCAGUGUAA